AUGAAGAAUGAUGCUGAGGCACCUGUCUGCCCCUCUGCCCUCACUCGAUACUUCAUCGAGGGAAAAGCCGGUCGCCUUCAGCUCCCUGCAUAUGAAUUGAAUCCCCUGGGAGAGGUUAUCAUUAUCCCUGGUGAAAUGUUCUGUCGGGUACCUAGCUGCUCGAAGGGCACGAACGCCAUGAUCGGACCUAGUUCUAUCAGAAAGCACCUAGCAGAAUGGCACGACCUGGUUUGUGAGCCUAGCACUAUAGGCAGGCCGACCAAAGAGGAGAAGAAUGCACGAAUGAAGUGGUUUGCAGCACUUCCAUCCGUGGAAGAAGAGGAACAUGUGGAGGAGGCCCUUGCCACGGAAUUGACCACCCUGCUAAUUCUAGCAAUGGCUACCGACUUGGAUCAUUCAAGCGAUGCGGAGCCGCAGAUCCGCACAAACGCUCGCCAACGGGCCCAGCAAUGGAUGACCAAGGGCGGCUUGGUCCGUGAAGACUCGGACGAUGAAUUGGGCGACGAGGACCAUCCAUGGGAUUGGAUAUAUGCCGACAAGGAAGCUGAGACGGAGGAAGUCAACAACACAAGCCCCGAAAAAUCCAACCGACGACGAUCCUCCCGCCCGGCCAGGAAGAAGCGUGCAAUUGUCGGAGCUCGCAUGGGAUCAUUCGAAUGCAGGAUCGGCCAAAUCGUGCUAUUGAAGUCGCCGGAGGCUGGCAAGGAUUGGGUGGGAAUUAUAAUGGAGUUUUUGGAGGAGGAUGAUGAAGAUGGAGAAGAUGAGAAGAUCAAGUCGGCUAGCAUUAUGUGGUUCGCUUCUCCGGACGAGUUUCUGUCUACAAGGAAUAAGCGCAGAGCCGAUGCGCUGCCCAACGAGCAGUAUCUGACUCAGGACUUUAACACAAACCCUCUCUACUCCAUCAGUGGCAAGGCCACGGUUAUGUCGAAGGACGCUUUCUUUGCGAAGUACCCCAAUGGGGAACCUCCCAAGGACAAAGCCCAGUUGGCGGAAUACAACAAGUUGUACCGGGAAGACAAUGUCUUUGAGCUCAUCACUAUGGUUAAGGACGGGUUGAAAGCAGCCAGAAAGCGCAAGGCCGCUGAUUCCGAUUAUGUCGAGACCAAGGACGAGAACGCAGAACCCGCAACUCCGAGGAAAAAGCAGCGCGUGGCCUCCAGUGCGACACCUAAGUCCCAGCGGAAGAAGCCACUGACUACGCCCACACAUAAAAGGAUUGUAGUCAAGAAGCCUCUUGAAUUUACGCCACUGGGCACCCGUGUCCUCUCACAAGAUCAUUUCGCCUCACCAUAUCGUCAAGCCCGUACCUUGCUCCAUGUCUCCACGGUCCCGGAAUCGCUACCAUGCCGAAAGAACGAAUUCAACGAAGUCUACAACCAUCUCAGUGCGGCUAUUAUGGAGGGGACGGGAGCCUGUAUCUAUAUUUCAGGUACUCCGGGUACAGGAAAAACAGCUACAGUCCGAGAAGUAGUAGCACAGCUGAACAGUGCCGUGGAAGCCGAGGAAAUGGACGAUUUCAUCUUCUGCGAAAUUAACGGCAUGAAAAUCACAGACCCACACCAAGCAUAUUCAAUGCUAUGGAAAGAAUUGAAAGGAGACAGGGUAUCGCCUUCUCAUGCGCUGGAUCUGCUCGAACAGGAAUUCUCCCACCCUUCACCACGCCGAGUGUCUUGCGUCGUGCUGAUGGAUGAGUUGGACCAGCUGGUCACCAAAAACCAAUCUGUCAUGUACAAUUUCUUUAACUGGCCAGCUCUCCGCCACUCUCGACUCAUUGUCCUAGCCGUGGCCAACACCAUGGAUCUUCCCGAGCGAACACUGAGCAACAAGAUUUCCAGUCGUCUCGGUCUUACCCGUAUCACAUUCCCAGGAUACAAACACACCGACCUAAUGGAGAUCAUCGGCACACGACUCGCAAAUGUACCAGGUAACAUCGUCGAACCGGACGCUGUCCAAUUUGCCAGUCGAAAAGUCGCCGCCGUCAGCGGUGAUGCCCGUCGCGCACUAGACAUCUGUCGUCGUGCCGUCGAAAUCGCCGAACAAGAAGCCGAAGCGGCCGCUGCUGCGGACUCGAUCAUCCCAGAAGAAGAUGAAGAAGAUGUACCUCCAACACCCAGCAAGACACCCGCUCGACGCAACAAGUCCCUCGCGGCAGAAUCAGCCAAUUCCCCCGCGUUGAAACCUAAGCCCGGUAAGGGAAAACCCGGCCGUGUCACAAUUGCUACUAUCAAACAAGCUAUCCAAGAAGCAACCUCAACACCACUCCAACAAUCCCUCCGCUGUCUCCCCCUCUCAGGCAAACUUUUCCUAGCAGCACUACUCGCCCGCGUUCACCGCACCGGUAUCACCGAGUCAACAUUCGGUGAUGUCCUCGAUGAAGCACGCCGCAUCGCCGACGCAUCUGUCGCUGUUGCUGGUGCGGCAGGUAUGGGCGUGAAGGAUUUCCUGCUUGGUGGGGGUCCUACUGCUCGAGUGCGUGCGUUGGGUUUCGCGGCUAUGGAGUUGAUGAAUGCGGGUAUCCUGGCUUUGGAACAGGGUACUGGUUCGAAGAAUUUGCUUGGUGGUUCUACGAUCCCAACUCGUGGUGAACGAACGAGUAAAGUUCGGCUGCGGGUUGCAGCGGAGGAUGUACGAUCUGCGUUCCGUGAGGAUAUUGAGGCUAAGGGUUUUGGAUUGGGGAUUGACGUGUAA